AUGUCGACCGAUAGGUAUACUGUGGGUAGCCUCAUCCAACAAUUAGAAAACUACGAUGAAAGACAAACCCUUGAAUCUUUAUUGGAACGGGAAGAGUUCACAAGUCUCCUCCAUGGCAUUUACACAUCCCUUUCAGCCGAGUCGAAAAGCACCGCCCAAGAAAUGUUUCGCAAGACCAAUGUAACCAAAAAGAAAAGGACUAAAAGUACAGCAUUGGUAAUAAUUCUCGGGAUUCACAACAUUGCUCUACCCCCCAGCAUACAAACUCAAUAUCAAAUAUGGAAGGAGAAUCCAUCACAACUCUGGCGGGCCCUUGAUGGUCAAAAUUCCGAACAAUCAAUCGAGGUUGCUGCUAUUGAAGCAUACCUUGUAGCUCAACAUCUCCGUCUGCGACAGGUAUAUAAUGUCAUCCUUUGGAGGUUCUACGUGAGCUUCUUUUACCAACUUGCAUUGUUGUUAGGGCAUGGACAGAAGGUUAUGACGAAUAAUUUGCAUAACAUCCUCUACGAACGUCUCGUCAAAGCGAUCACACAAUCCAAGAAGAUCAAUGAUGACAUUACCGUCAUCAAAGCGAACUUACAACUCUGGGUAGCGGCCGGGGCUAGGUAUAAUAAAAUAUGCACGGCUCUCGACAAAGGCGCAUUGUUCUUGAUUCCACAGAUACCCGAUGAUGUGUAA